CUUGGCAGUACUCCGUAUAGAAAUUGGGAUACACAUGACGUAGUAAUAGCGAUAAAUGACGUCCACUGCUACACAAGUCAGUUGUGCUUGCCCUCAUCUUGCUCAUGAAGUGAACCAUCAUAAUCCUCUCUUCUUCUCUUCUUCUUCAACAUCAUCAUUACCAUCACCAUCCUCUCUAAACAGCCAAGUCCAAAAGAACCAACUAAAAUGACCACCCCAACCCAAGCCCCCAACCCCAACCCCAACCCCAUCCAAACCCACGGCUUCACAGCCAUCCCCGCCUCAUCCACCAAAUUCACAGACCCAGUAACCCAAAAGGGUGUCACCCCCCAUCCCCUCCACCUAACAUCAACACCCAUCCCCACCACCCCCCUCGCGCAACGCAUCCUCUCCUACGCACAGUCCCACCUCCCAACCCAAACCCUACAGCACAGCCUCCGCGUCUACCACUACGGACUCGCCAUGAAGCAAUACCUGUCCUCGCAGGGCGUCGGCGACGAGUCCAGCCCAGGCUGGGCGGGGUUCUCCGACGAAACGUUCUUCCUGGCGUGCAUGCUGCACGAUAUUGGCACGACGGAGGAGAAUAUGCGGGGGACGAGGCUGAGUUUUGAGUUUGCGGGUGGGGUGCGGGCUUUAGGGGUGUUGUUGGGGGAUGGGGGGGAUGCUGGGGUGGAAGGGGUGGCGAGUAAGGAGCAGGCGGAGAGUGUUGUUGAGGCUAUUGUGAGACAUCAGGAUUUGUGUGAGGUGGGGUGGAUUACGGCUCUUGGGGGGGUGUUGCAGUUGGGGACUAUUUUUGACAACACCGGCAAACACGCCCAUCUCCUCCACGAAGACACCAUACAAGAGGUAAUCCGACAAUAUCCCCGGACCGGAUGGAGCGCGUGUUUUGCGGGGGUCGUGAAGGAGGAGAUUCGGCAGAAGCCGUGGGCUCAUAGUACGGUCCUGGGGGAGGAGUUUGCAGAGAGGGUUCUGGGGAAUCCGUACGGCGACGAGUAGAUAUAGGUUUAUACUCCCUGGAUAGUCCAUGGUAUAUCGUAUAUCUAUAUGAUUCUUCGUUUCUUUCUGGCUGACAAGAUCGUGACUCUAUAGAGAAAUGUCUAUAUCAACGUACCUGAACAG